AAAUGACGUAAAAGUUGUAGAUGGCGUAGCACUCGCGAGUUCCUUCCUCGCUCCUUUUGUGACAUUUUUGCGAAACGUUCAUCACGAUUUCGUGUGAAAACUGAUCUUAAAAUUCACACUAGGGCAUGGUCGAUAAAGUUUUUCAUACGAGAAACCGUGAUUUAAAAUCUCUAAUCGUGGUUAAGUUUUUUCGUGCCAAGUGCAACUAAGCUAUCAAGAUUCCGCCGAUACUUCAAAGCCUACCCAGUGGGUGGCUUAACUUGGUCUGCAAUUAAACAUGGAAAACUCAAAAAAGCAAGACUCCUUCUUCUUGAGGGGCAAGAAACAACUAAAUGGGAAUAAAUUUAAUAACAAGGUGAAACCAGAUGAAAAUCAGGGCAAUAAUGAUUUCAAAGGCAAUAGUCAAAAUUUCAAAGGAAAAAGACAGCAGAAAUUUGACCAGAACCGUGUCCAAAAAGACAACAGUGAUGAUAAAAAGCCAUUUGAUAAAAAAACUUAUAGACUGAAAAAGUAUAGUAAAAAAUACAAACUGGAACAAUGGGAAGAACAGCGCAAAAAGCGACUGCUCCGCAACCUGCAAAAAGACCUUAAAAAUGACGAAGGUGCUGGUACCUACAAACCAAAAACAUUUGAUGAGGAUGCAGCAGAUGGACAAGAUGUCACAGGCCGAUUUGUCAAACAUCCAGAUUUGAUAGAAAAAGAAAUAGCUGAAAAAGCGGAUAAAGAGAAAAAGAGACCAGUUCUCAGUGCCAGAGAGAGGCAUGAGAAAAUGAAGCAAGAUAAGUUAGAGCGGCAACAACAGAUGCAGAAGGCAAUUGAGGAGAAAAACCAGAAAAUGCAAGAGUAUAAGAAGAAAAAGCAGGAGAAGUUUAAGAAGUUAAGUAAGAAGACAAAGAAAGGGCAGCCGAUGAUGACUGGCAGACUUGAACUGCUUUUGGAGAAGAUACAAAAGAACAAGUAGUAAUAGACAAUUAGAUAACAGUUAGGUAUUGAGAAUACUGUAAAUAUCAUCGAAUCGCAAUAAGAGCAAUAAGAAUGGGACUAGUACAGCGGUGUCACACACAGAAAUUCGAGCCAAUGGUGCAGUCUAACACUACAACGCGAUGGGUUGAUCAGCUCGCAUGAUACGCACGAUUGGUCGCAACUAGUUGCGUUGGACUGCACGAUUGGGUCGAAUAUGUGAGUGACACCACUGAACUAGCACCAAGAGCCCGUAAAGCCCGUCCUUAGAUCAUGUCAAUGGGAAAUAUUAUUUCAAAUACUAGAAACUGCUUCUAUUGUUCUAACCAAUUUGUCAUUUUAGUACAAAAUGUGUAUAAAAGCAGGAUGAUUAGGUAGGAUUGGCCAAUCAAACUGCUAUAUUAGUAUCUGAGAUUUCCAAUUCAAUCGCAGUGUUUGCGCAAUUGAGGUUCUGUGAGUCUUGUAUUUCUAUACUGAGGAAUGAAAUACAGCAUAAAUAAGACAUAGUGAAGUUUUACUAUAAUGAAACAAUAAUUGAUAUGGCAUAGUUUGAUUUUCUGAUUAAUUCACUGUUAGUAUGAACUGAAACAAAUUGACCCAAGGUCUUUUUAAUCAAUCAUGUUGUUCCUCGUAUAAUGAAUUGAUUAUUUUCAGUCACCAUGCUUAGACAAUUGAUAAAAAAAAUUAAGACUGUUUUUUUUUUUGUAGUAAGAUUUUAAUGUAUUAUCCCAGAUCAAGUGCAUCAUACUUGGACCAUAGAAACAUGGGUAGAUUAAGAUGAACUUGUUGUCUACCCAGAACGGAUAUCGCCGUCCAAAAAAAGCCAUACACAUUUGUCAAGGUUUUGAGAAAAAAGCACCCUUCUAUUUACCCAGGCCGGAGAUCUCCGUCCAGUAUUUUGUGUCCCGUAUUUUUUACGUACGGAGAUCUCCGGCGAUUUUAACCUCAGUCGAAAAGCAGUUUUAUUAAAAUCAAAAUAAAGCUGCUUUUCGACUGCGAAUUUGCGGGUGGGGAGACAAGGACAACAAACAAUAGGCCGGUAAACUCCGGCCGGGGUUGAUAGAGGGGUGCUUUUUUUACAGUUUGGUAUACCACGGGUUAAAUAGUAGUGACAUACCUACCUACAUUUCAUCUUGCCAAUAAACAAACGAUCUUCUGUGUGCACUCAAAUAGUGAUUUCAAAACAACUGCAGAACUUUCUGUCUAACUUACAUGUAUUAUUAUUAAAGUAUAAAUUGUAUACAAGGUACAGUGAAAUCCAAAAGAACCUUGCACAAUGUUGCACGCAAAUAAUAUGACACGGUCAUAAGGCUUUAUAUUAUAACAUCGAGAUAUCAAGAUAUUAUUGCACCCGACUAUACUUCAUACCUUUAUAUUCAUUGUGAAAAUGGCGUAACCAAUGUCAUAAUGGCAGACACGCUCUUUUAUUUUUAAAAUAAUGUUGAAACUUCACAAUAUUAACCAAGUAAAUUGGCAAAGCAAAUUCGAUCAUUAAAUCUAAAUCGUUCUCUUCAUUUUCGUUCUUUUGUUGUUAUAUUAGAAUAAUUCUUACGGUUAAAGAAUGACCAAACUGUCAAGAGUUUGCAUUUGAAAUCCAAUCUUAAACGGAAUUAAAUAUGGUUGAAUAUCAAUGCGAGACCAGUUUUGAAAUGGGUCACUUUUAUUUACUUACUUUACAUAUUGUGUAUUUAGCAGUUAAGACAAAAUCAAAGUUUUAGUGUUAUUUUUUAUGUUGCUUGAGUAACAUGCAGUUUGCUAGUUAUACCUUUUUACUUGUUGGCGUUUUAAUAAUUGUACUUCGAUUUUAACUGUAAGUACAAGUUUUGUCAUUA